AAGUGUAAUAACCUUAAUAGGUCACGAGAAGAAUCCACGAAACCGACCCCACAGGUGAGGCUAUAAAAAGGAAACAAAUAUGAAAGAGAAACCAAUAGGGCUUCGGUUUUCAGUACGAUCGACUUUGUGUGGGCGAAAAGAGAGAUGGCUACGGAGAUCAUCGGAGAGAGAGAGAGAGAGAUUGCUACGGAGAUCGGAGAGAGAGAGAUGGGUUCGCAAUAUUCUGAGAAGGAAUUUGAGGGAGAUGAAUAUGAAUACGACUCAGACAAUGAUUGUGGAUGUGGCAUACUCUUUUAUGAUCGAGAUAACCCCGGAUCUGGUGAGCCCAAUGGUCUGCAAUAUUUCCAAUCUAUGGUCAAGUUAGCAAUUGAUUUCUACAACAAAGAUAAGUCGGAAAAAUACCGGGUGGUGGAGCUGAUAAAAUUAUUUGGAAUUGCUAAUGCGGGUGCGUAUUUGUAUUUGAACUUUACGGCGAAGCUUGAUGAUUCCGACCCCGUACCUUUCAAAGCAUCUAUCUUCGACGGAAUCAUAGGAACUAAUAUACAAUUUGUUGGUAUGGACGAUGAAGCUGCAAUUUGACAUGCCGAUGUAUUAUUACAUGUCUUGUGGACAUAGGUUCUUUAUGGUGGCGGCGAUCAUGAUCUCUACUGGUCGGCUAGGUGGGAUCUGUGGAGUUUCUGCAGGUGGUGGCCCUUUUUUUGCCGUUCUAAUUUUUUUUUUGUUUUUUUUUCGGAGGCUGUCGAACUGAGGUUAUUCAAGAUUAGCAAAAUGUAUUGAACUUUGAACUCUCAAGUCAUGCCUUGUUCUCUCAUCCAAAUGAGACAGACAGUCAGUUGGCUGAGUGAGUGCAGGCCUAGAGGGCACUGUGCCAUAACACCUUCAAUUUAUUUGUAUCCUACAAAUAUUUUUCAAAUUUAUAUCUCCUCUGCAUUUGAUAUAUGUACUUAAUUUUUUUAAUGUGGCUUUAAAAAGUUACAACACCCAACCUUUUUUGAUA